AUGAGCCUGGAUUAUGAAGAAGGAAAAAGGCCAUCGGCCAAUAUUCAACCUUCAUCUGCUACAGAAUCAGCCGAAAGUAUCAUUGAUAAUGGUGGUUCUAAAUUCACCGUCACUGUUGGUAUGAAUUCUACAAAUGCAACAUACCAGGAUGCAUCAGGUGCACCUAUAGAGACAGACUCACCACUGGGAUACUCUAUCAGUACCUGGACCAGCUUGUGCUUGAAUGUCAACCAGAUGAUUGGAACGGGUAUCUUUUCAACACCUGCGUCAAUUCUUAAAGGUGUAGGCUCAGUCGGCCUCAGUAUGAUAUAUUGGCUUAUCGGAUACCUUCUCUCGCACUCCACCUUGGCAGUGUACUUAGAGUUGGCAUCCUAUUUUCCCAGUCGGUCCGGAGCCGAGGUUGUCUAUCUUGAACAGGCAUAUCCCAAGCCGAAAUACUUCUUCCCGACGACUUUCGCCAUGAAGCAUAUUAUUUUCUCAUUUUCCAGCAGUAAUGCUAUUGUGCUAGCGGAGUACAUCUUUGGUAUUGGUGGGCUGUCAUAUACAAACUGGCAACUCAAAGGUGUUGCUGUGGCUGGGUAUACAGUUGCAUUCAUAGUGGUGAGCAUCAAUACUAAAUUGAGCAUGCGGAUGGUACUCUGGAUUGGAUUUAUCAAAAUUGCGACUUUGCUAUUAAUUUCAAUCACGGGUCUGGUUGUCCUCGGUGGACAUACACGAGUUGAAGACCCGAUGUUAAAUUGGCGCGAUCCAUGGGUAGGUACAUCAGAUGCAUCUGCUUAUGGGGCCACCAAUGCUAUGAUCAAGUUGAUAUUUUCUUAUGCGGGAUAUACCAACGCUUUUGGUAUGGUCAAUGAAAUCAAGAAUCCUAUCAAGACUCUCCGCUGGAGUGCUUCUAGCUCUCUCAUCCUGGUGACUAUAUUGUAUAUACUUGUCAAUGUUGCCUACUUCUCAGCAGCAUCCAGAGAAGAAAUCCUCUUGUCCAAACAGACUGCAGCUGCAGUUUUUUUCGAGAAGGUAUUUGGCUCAGCUCGUGUUGCCCACGGCUUGAAUGUGCUCGUUUCUCUCAGUGCCUUCGGAAACCUGCUUGCUGUCAUGAUCGCUUACUCACGAAUGCUCCGUGAGACAGGCAGACAAGGUGUUCUCCCGUGGCCCAGAUAUUGGACCUCAACUAAGCCAUGGGGAACUCCACUGGGACCCUAUAUUCUCCAAUGGACCAUUACUAUCAUAAUGAUAUUAGCUCCUCCUGCAGGAGAUGCAUUCAAUUUCAGUACGAAGCCCUUCUUUGAUUUCGUUGGUAACUCGACUGACAUCUUAUUACCAUUAGUUGUCGACCUUUCCAACUACCCUGGCAAUAUAUUCAAUUUCCUCAUCGUGUUAGGCCUCAUUAUCAUUCGUUGGCGCCGCAAGAAUCUUAAUGCCCCGAGACCGGAGUAUAAAGCAUGGAACAUUGCGAUUGCUUUUGCACUGUUGACGAACUUUUACAUGCUUGUGGCACCCUGGUAUCCUCCUACCGAGGGGAGAAAUGGAGGCGACGUUAGCUUUUGGUAUGGGACAUAUUUGGUUGUUGGAAUUGCGCUGUUGGUUGUUUGUGGAAUUUACUACGUUUUCUGGAUCGUGUUGAUUCCCAAGUGGAAAGGCUAUGUUUAUCGACAAACCAUUGAGAAGCAUGAAGACGGAUCUGUCAAUCAUAAACUUGUCAAGGUCCAGAACGCUAACGUUGAGGUAUGGGAUCAGGAGCAUGAUGCUGCAGGUCGGCCUGUACAUAGAGCGGCAUACCAGAGCCGCAGCAGUGAAUAG